CGGGCGGUGCCCCACGGACUCCACUUUCUCUUGGCACAGCUGGAGGUCAAGAGCUCUUUUCCCCCCAAAGGCGGGUACUAGGCGGUCCCAAGUGCCCGCGAGAGGCCCCCGGCGCCCAGGACCGCGUGGGGCGCUCGGAGCGCGCCAAGCCGCGCACAGGCAGAUAAACGCUGACGGGCCCGGGGGCUGCUGGGCUGGGGCGCAGAGUAAACGCGGCCCCGGAGCGCCUUUCGUUUUAAGGAGGCUUACUUCUGGAAAGGGACAGGGAACUGUCAAUCAGCGAGGGAGGGAGCGCACCGGCGCUGGGUGAUGUCAGCGGAUCAGCUGCUCGAUAACAAAGAGGGGGCAUUACAGGAGAAAGUUGCAGCGGCGGCGGCGGCCACAGCGGCACCUCGGAGCCUCCGAGGCGAGGGGCAAGUGGGCGAAGGGAGGGGGGACGGCAGUUGCCGCAGCCGCUGAAGGCCAAGGAAUUGAAAGGGCUGUAGGGGGAGGCAGUGCGAGCCAGCCCCGACUGCUCCUCCUCUUCCUCCUCCUCCUUCAAACUCGCAGGGCUCAGCCCCAGCGCUCGCUCAGCCGCCGGGAGCACCCGGAGGGACGGGAGGCAGCCGCGCGGCCCGGAGCUGGGCAGGGUCCCCAGCCGCCAUGGAUAGCGACGACGAGAUGGUGGAGGAGGCGGUGGAAGGGAACCUGGAUGACGACGGAUUACCGCAUGGGCUCUGCACGGUCACCUACUCCUCCACAGACAGAUUUGAGGGCAACUUUGUUCAUGGAGAAAAGAACGGCCGGGGGAAGUUCUUCUUCUUUGAUGGCAGCACCCUGGAGGGGUACUAUGUGGAUGAUGCCCUGCAGGGCCAGGGAGUUUACACUUACGAGGAUGGAGGAGUUCUCCAGGGCACGUAUGUAGACGGAGAGCUGAAUGGUCCAGCCCAGGAAUACGACACCGAUGGGAGGCUGAUCUUCAAGGGGCAGUAUAAAGAUAACAUUCGGCAUGGAGUGUGCUGGAUAUACUACCCAGAUGGAGGCAGCCUUGUAGGAGAAGUAAAUGAAGAUGGGGAGAUGACUGGGGAGAAGAUAGCCUAUGUGUACCCUGAUGAGAGGACUGCACUUUAUGGGAAAUUCAUUGAUGGAGAGAUGAUAGAGGGGAAACUGGCCACCCUUAUAUCCACUGAAGAAGGGAGGCCUCACUUUGAACUGAUGCCUGGAAACUCAGUAUACCAUUUUGAUAAGUCAACUUCAUCUUGCAUUUCUACUGAUGCUCUUCUUCCAGAUCCUUACGAAUCAGAAAGGGUUUAUGUUGCCGAAUCUCUCAUUUCCAGUGCUGGAGAAGGACUGUUUUCAAAAGUAGCAGUGGGACCUAAUACUGUUAUGUCUUUUUAUAAUGGAGUCCGAAUUACACACCAGGAGGUUGACAGCAGGGACUGGUCCCUUAAUGGGAACACCCUCUCCCUCGAUGAAGAAACGGUCAUUGAUGUGCCUGAGCCCUAUAACCACGUAUCCAAGUACUGUGCCUCCUUGGGACACAAGGCGAAUCACUCCUUCACUCCAAACUGCAUCUAUGAUAUGUUUGUCCACCCCCGUUUUGGACCCAUCAAAUGCAUCCGCACCCUUCAAGCUGUAGAGGCCGACGAGGAGCUCACCGUUGCCUACGGCUAUGACCACAGCCCUCCAGGGAAGAGUGGGCCUGAAGCCCCCGAGUGGUACCAGGUGGAGCUGAAGGCUUUCCAGGCCACCCAGCAAAAGUGAACGGCCAGACUCUUGGGGUUCAGAGACCUGGAAUAGAAACUUGGAUCUAUGCACUACGUUUAUCUGACAACCAGGGACUGCUCGUGCUGUGACAUCACAUCCUCUCACCCUGAGUUAGCAACGACUUUCUCGCAUACUAACUAGGUUUGACUGUAUUACUCAUACCAGAUUUAAAAUUAGCUAGCCUUGCAACAACUUCCUACUGAGAGGUAUUGUCGAGCAUUUGACAUAAGACAGCAUGAUGUUCUCUGGUGGUUCAAAUCUAAAUCUGUACCACAUUCAGAGAUGCCAAAUGAUUAGACUGAAAAAGGGAAAUGGGAUUUUUCAGUCAUUUUUAGAAAGUGGUUUUUCCAUGAUGUUUUUUUCCUACGGCCAAUGCAAAGUGUAUUCUCACACUUGCAUAUGUGCUAUACUGAGGGUAGAGAAUUACUAUAUCUUUAUUCUCUAAAUGUAGUAUAAUUUGCCUUUUAACCUUUGAUCUGUAUCUUGCAAUAGAAUGGCUUUAUUUCUUUCCUAGUGAAUAGAAGCCCACUUUUUGAGUCAUUUCACCCCUCAGUCCUAUUCUCUCUCUUAGAUAUCCUUUACAAGAGAAAACUUCCCAAUGGAUUUUGCAUCAGUAGCAGUAUGUAGAUCUUUCUGGUUCUUUCUAUAUCAUUAUUUCAUUAUUAUGUCCUAAUAUAAAGUACUGGCUCUUAGGGCCGGGUAUUAUUAUAGAAUAUUAUUCUCGCAUGUAAACAAAGAUAUCUUUGCUUUCAGAUGUGAGAAGAAAUGAAUUUACUUUGUUUGCAUUAAGUUAUGGGAGAGCUGUAAUAUAUACUUUAAGAAAGAAGAGAAGAAAAUUAGAAUUUCUAAGCAGUAACUGUGGCAAUUUUGCAAUAUCUUCAAUAGUGCUAGUAAUUUUUUUCUCCUUGGGUACACGUUAAAUAUACAUAACACAGCACAGUCUGGCUUGUGGCACAGUGCAUUGAAUUCAGAAGUCAAAUAGCAACCUUGAGUUCUAACAAUUCAAAAAACAUUUUUGUUUAAAUUAAUACUAUUAAGGCAGACAUACUGAUCAUUAGGAACAAAUCAAACCUUAACGCUAAAACUCUUCAUUGUAAUUUCAAAGCACUUAUCUGCUUCAAAGCAUUGCAAACUGAGAGUUAACACCUGUAUAGUUUAAAAGCAGCAAUAUCCAAUAGCAUUUCAGCCAUUUUGCCAGCCAUGUAUAAUCACAACUGCAGAAAUAAGGAGAAAACCCAUUUUUUAGUUUA